GCUCAGCUGAGGGAGGGCCGGAGAGGAGGGGGUGAGGUCAGUGGCUGACGCCGCCAGCAGCCCCAUGGCCAAGGAAAGCAAGCGGGGCUUGGCUCUGCCAGCUGACAAGGUCCUGGCCUUGGCACACAUUUCCCUGGUGGCCCUCUCCCUCAGCUUGCUGGGCAGCGGCUCCAUUCUGGCUGUGGCCGUCCGCCGAAGGAGAUGCUGCUGUGACCAGCUCCGGCCUCUUGUCCUCCUCUCGCUUGCUGACUUUCUGGGUGCUGCGGUGCUGAUCUCCACCCUGGCUGUCCACCUACUUCCCAACCACCCCUUCGGUGCAGCCCAUAGGUUCUGCCUGUAUGGGCUGGUGUUUGGCAUGAUGUUCUACACCAUCUCUCUCCUGAUGGUGCUUGUUUAUGCCUGUGAAGUGAACCGGGCAGUCAGAGGCUGGAGAGUGACCCAGUGCUCCAACACGCAGGAGAACAGCUCCUGCUUCCCCAGAGUCCAGCUGGCCCUGCCCUAUGUCCUGGUCUGGCUGCUCCCUGGCCUGGUGGUUCUGGCCCUGCUGGUCCUCCGCAGCGGGUCCCUGGGAGGCAUGGCCCUUCUCCAGCCUUCGCCACAGGCAGGCAAGGACUCCUCGGGGGGCUCCAACCUCUCCUGCUCCAGCUGCCUGAUUCUCAUCCACCUCUCCCAGGACACCUGCUAUGAGCACUCAGGCAAGGAAAGCAACAUCUUCUUCCUUGUGUUUGUGGCCUUGGUUGUGUCCGGCUGUGUGGUAAGUGAUGUGUGUGGCCUGUCCUCUUCUGUGGUGUUGACUGCUGGGCGGGCUCCCCCCACGCGUCAGGUGCAGCCACUCAUUGUCUCUCCUCGUCUAAGGGGGCCAGUGGGGAGAGGAGGUGGGGUGUGCUUUGCAGCAGCCCAGAAGGGAAGCCAGCUGAGGCAGAGAAUUGGCCAGGCCCCGAAGGGGGUGAUAGGGACGCAGGGGGCCAUACUUGCCCAACACAGCGGAGACGUUCCUUAG